GUUUAUAUUUUAGAUUAGGGUGAAAUGGAUACUGUUAGCGCGUUAUAUCCCAUAAAGGGGACUGGGGGAUAAAUAAUAUACAUUUUGUUAUUUUUCAAACAUAUAGUAUGGUUGAGGUAUUGUGGUUCAGGUUUCAACAAAUAUAUUCAGUUAGUCCGUAUUCUAGCACCGUGUAACAGUAAUUAGCGCACAUGCUUCUAGCCCAGAUGGUUACGGGUUCGAGGCUUGACACUGCUACUAUUGUGGGCGUGUGUGUUCUUAAUCAACACAUUAUGAAACAUGCGUGUUAUAACUUGCAUGUAUAGAUACCUUACUUUGUAAGGUAUCUAUGUUGCAUGUAUUCUUGACAUUUUCUCCAUAUAAUUUUAUGCCCUUAUAACUUGUAAUAAAACCGACUAUGACGUCACAACGUUACAUAAUUGAGUUCAGAAAAAAAUGAAAGCAAAUGUUUUCUUGUUAACUUUUAACUUUAUUACAUGGGUGAGGUGAAAGUGAGGUAUUCAAACUUCGGUGACGUCACUGAUGACGUCAACAGUGACGUCGACGACGGCGAGGGAAACCCCCUUUCACGAGAACUGGGGCUGAAUACGAUGACGUCACGGAACAUCGCUCACUAUCGCCUCAUGCGGCCGCGAAGGUUAAACGAGGCUAAAAAUUCUGCUGAGUCAGCAAAACAGGACUCAACGAAACGGAAGCGACGUCAUAGAUUAAGCAGUGAGGAACGCCGCUGUGUGGCGCUGUUACAGAGCAGAAUUUUUGAAAUCGUUGACGGAAUAAAAAGUGAACGAAGUUCUUUAAGCGGACAAAGACCCGUGACUGUCGGCGCGAAAAGCGAACGAAAAAAAGAUCCGAAAGACAAAGUUGUAAGACCGAAAACACACCAUGGAUUGUUACGUCAUAAUAGCGGAACAAGGGAACGCGAGAAGCUAAGUUCGAAUGAAAGUUUGUUGUUGAAGAAUGUUUUGAGCGAAGUCUUGAAACGAAAACUCAGGGACGAAUUAUGUUCUAGAAAAGGGGAAAGAUCAGCGACGCCUCCAUCGCGUCACGAACAUACGUCACAAUCAUCUCAAGUAACCGGGGACACCACGAAAUGCUUGGAAAUUAUAAAGAAGAGAAUAAAGGAAAAAAUAAACAACAUGAGCAGUGACGUCAUCAGCGAAAACGUCAGCAGCAGCGGUGACGUCAUACGUGACGUAACAAAGCCUGGCAACGAGAAAGAAGAGCGGCCACGUGUGAUGUUGUUCUCAGUAGCAGGCAGCAGUAGGGGAAGUACAGCUGAGUGGGUGAUGAAACAACAGUUCGACGAGUAUAGAAAUUAAAUAUAACGCACCAAUCGUUGUGUUGAUAACGCA